AUGAAACGUAUAAGCCAACAAAUUGCGUCGAGCUUUCAGAGUUUGUUGGCUAGACAUAAUAUCAUAGAUACUUUUAUGCAAGGCAUGUCUAGUCACAAGAUGACUUGCAGUAUCUGUUUAGAUGAUAAUUUAGACAUUAGUCAGAUGUUUUGUGUUAAUAAAUGUCGUCAUCAGUUCUGUUCCAACUGUGUGAAACGACAUAUAGAGUUGAGGCUAUUCGAGGGAAGUGUGAUUAGAUGUCCUCAUUACCGCUGCAAGUCCAAGCUGACUUUUGGAAGCUGUGUUGAUAUUUUGACACCUGAACUAAGGAAGACGUGGAACAAAAGGAUCAAAGAGGACAAGAUCCCUAUAACAGAUAGAAUUUAUUGCCCAAACCCGACGUGCGCAGCUUUAAUGUCAAUAAAAAAGCUCUCUAAACCUAUUAAACAAGCUGGAGUCAGGAGAUACUUCUCUACAUUUACAACAGAAGCUAGAUUUAGAAGACACUGCUUCGAAUGCUUUCACCUCCUUUGCAUCAACUGUAGAGUUCCGUGGCAUAGUGACUUGUCGUGCAAUGAUUACAUGAAACUGGAUCCAAAUUCUACAGCAGGUGAUAGAAAGCUCAAAGCUUUAGCAAAUCAAAGGUUGUGGCGUCAAUGUGGAAAGUGCAACCAAAUGAUCGAACUUUCAGAAGGCUGCAUCAAAGUAAUUUGCAGAUGUGGACAUAGGUUUUGUUACAAAUGUGGAGCCAAGGCUGGAGAUUGCGAUCAUCAUUUUUACAACAUCUUUCCUACAAGGCCAUCACAGCAGUAG